AUGGGUUCUAUUGAGGAUUUUCCUAGUUCAACCUCCGGGACCACCCCAACCAUCCCUCCUUUAUCUGACGUGGCUCUGAAUGACCCAAUAUUCUCCGACGAGGUCAUACGUUAUCAUCUGGGCCUCCUUAAGUCCAGCCAUGGAGGCGAGAUGGUCUCAGACGAAUCGGCGUAUGCGCCGAUCAUCUCAAGCAGUGUUUUAGCUUGUCAUGCAAACCUUGGAAAUGGGCAAGAUAACCCUAAGAUCCCACAGUUUGGGUUAUUAGCCGGCUCAAGCCCGCUUCUGAAAGGUAUUCGCCCGAAGCAUGCCUCUCCUCUCACGCGCUUGGAUGAGGACCCUCGACUACUAUUCAAUGUUUCACAUCCUUCCAGCAUCUUUAUAUGUGGCUCCCAGGGCCGGAAGGUUGCCCAAGCCGCUAACAGGCUGGUCUUUCAUUAUGAUACGUUUAUCAGUGACACAGUGGGAUCCCCCUGCGAAGCAGCCUUCUUGUCAUCGCACCCAGAUGUGCAAGUCCGAGUACUUUGCUCCCCGACAAAUAUUCACUCUAUAAGGGACUACUAUUCGAGGUUUAAUAUACCAGUGAAUCCAUUACAGCUUGAUCAGAGUCAUUUGAAUACAAAGCGGAUGAUGGAUCUGAUGGCUAUUGGACAGAAAGAUGGGCAGAUACCGCUAUAUAUACACACGGUGAAACGAAUCCUUCGUGAACUACGUAUACUACAACAGGAGGCAGGGACACCAUUCAAUUAUCAAGAGUUCAAGCGAAGAGUCCUCGCUUCUGGGUUGACUCGUGAUCAGCUGGGGCCUUUAAAGCAACGGCUCGAUACCCUAGAGAGUUUUAUGCCUCGAGAGCAAGUGGACAUAUCGAGGUCAAAGGAAAGCAAGGUUGCAAACGGCUCCAUGUGGGACCCAGUGCCUGGCUGUUUAACUAUUGUUGAUAUGUCCUGUCCAUGUAUAUCCCCAGAGACAGCAUGCUCGCUUUUCAAUAUUUGCCUGGGGAUCUUCCUCGAACAAGACCCAACUAUUGGUCGGGUGGUUGCACUUGACGAAGCACAUAAGUAUAUGAACUCCUCUGCAGAGGCCGAGAUUUUCACAGAAACACUAUUAUCAGCAGUUCGUCUUCAACGGCACCUUGGGACUCGAGUAAUCAUCUCUACCCAAGAGCCGACUGUCUCGACUGCUUUGUUGAAUUUGUGCUCUGUUACAAUUGUUCAUCGGUUUACCUCGCCGGAAUGGCUCCGAACGUUGCAAAAGCACCUUGCUGCAGCAGCAAUCAACCUUUUCUCUCCAAAGAGUGGCUUCGGCAACCAUGGUAGUGAGACGGAAGAAUCGGGGGCCGAGAAGGAGUCUACCUCAGCAUUUGACAUUAUUGUCCAUCUUCGCGUUGGCGAAGCAUUGCUGUUUGCGCCGAGUGCAAUCGUCAAGGUCGGAACACUGGAGGAUGGCCGAGUGGAGUUCCACCGACUUGGCUCCGAUAUCUUGCCUAUAAAAAUCCGGGAACGAUUGACAUCUGAUGGUGGAAAGAGUGUCCUUUCGAUUUGA